AUGGAUCCCUCUCGUCAAGCGCCAGCUCAACACGCCGCUCGCAUCGUCUGCCGGUUGGACCAGUCCAUCCAACAGAGUGUAAUCAACUUACAUCCUAACGGCUCGAUCGCAUCCGUUGUGAUGAGUCCGGGAGACAUGGAGCUUCUGACUGGUACUCUCUGGAGGUCUUGCCGCCGCGACGGCCCGAACGUCAUAUUCUGCAAAUGGCACGACCGGGACACGCCAUGCAACGCGAUGUUCGAUCUCCAAAGCGAGGGCGUUCAGUCGUACCUCGAUCACUUGCAGUACGAGCACAAUAUCAAGCUGGGCGCAUCGCAUAACGGCCCUAUCCGCUGCAAGUGGAAUGUUCCCAAGCAAGGUCGCAAUGCGCGCUGCGACGAGGAAGUCUCAAUAGCCCAACUGCCCGAACAUGUGCGCGCCCAUGGCGCGCUCGACUACCAGGCGUGCUCGGAGAUGUCUUGGUGUAUCAUGUGCGGAUUCAUCUGCCACAACUCGGUCAGGCAUGUGCACCUUUCGCGGUGUAUGCCUCGGCACGGGGUGAACUUUGGACGCUUGACGGCAUGGGCGCGCACGCAGGGCAUCCUCACAAUCCCGGGGCCGUUGGAUCCGAGACUGCUGGCGAUGUUGGCGCCUUCGAGGAAUGCCGAGGCUAGACAAGAGCCGUAUGUCGCUUCUCAAGCGUCAUAA